CAACAACAACAACAGCAACAACAACAACAACAGCAAACCUCGAAUAAGCGCCCCAGUAACAGUACCCCGCCGCCGACGCAACUGAAUAAAAUCAAGUAUUCAGGGGGACCCCAGAUUGUAAAGAAGGAGCGAAGGCAGAGCUCGUCUCGCUUCAACUUGAGCAAAAACCGGGAACUUCAAAAGCUCCCUGCCCUUAAAGAUGCACCGCCUCACGAACGGGAAGAGCUCUUCAUACAGAAGCUGCGGCAAUGCUGCGUCCUCUUUGACUUUGUCUCAGACCCACUCAGUGACUUGAAAUUCAAAGAGGUGAAGCGAGCGGGCCUCAAUGAAAUGGUUGAGUACAUCACACACAAUCGGGAUGUUGUGACAGAGGCCAUUUACCCUGAAGCUGUUAUCAUGUUUUCAGUGAAUCUCUUCCGGACGCUUCCCCCAUCGUCCAAUCCAACGGGAGCAGAAUUUGACCCUGAGGAAGAUGAACCCACGCUAGAAGCUGCUUGGCCACAUCUCCAGUUGGUGUAUGAAUUUUUCCUGAGGUUCCUGGAGUCGCCAGACUUCCAGCCCAACGUAGCCAAGAAAUAUAUUGACCAGAAGUUUGUAUUGUCGUUGCUGGACCUGUUCGACAGUGAAGAUCCCAGAGAGCGAGACUUCCUGAAGACCAUUUUGCAUAGGAUUUAUGGGAAGUUCUUGGGCCUCCGAGCGUAUAUAAGGCGGCAGAUCAACAAUAUCUUUUACAGGUUUAUCUAUGAGACAGAGCAUCAUAAUGGAAUUGCAGAGCUGCUAGAGAUUUUAGGCAGUAUAAUCAAUGGAUUUGCUUUGCCUCUGAAGGAAGAGCACAAGAUGUUCCUCAUCAGGGUUUUAUUGCCAUUACACAAGGUGAAAUCUCUGAGCGUCUACCACCCACAGCUGGCGUAUUGUGUCGUGCAGUUUCUGGAGAAAGACAGCAGCCUGACUGAGCCAGUGAUUAUGGGCUUGCUGAAAUUCUGGCCAAAAACACACAGUCCCAAGGAAGUUAUGUUUCUGAAUGAACUGGAAGAAAUUCUGGAUGUCAUUGAGCCUUCUGAGUUUGUGAAGGUUAUGGAACCUCUGUUCAGACAGCUGGCCAAGUGUGUCUCCAGUCCACACUUCCAGGUGGCAGAGAGGGCGCUGUAUUAUUGGAACAACGAAUACAUCAUGAGUUUGAUCAGUGACAAUGCGGCCAAAAUUCUCCCCAUCAUGUUCCCAGCACUCUACAAGAAUUCCAAGAGUCAUUGGAACAAGACAAUCCAUGGGUUAAUUUACAAUGCACUGAAGCUGUUCAUGGAGAUGAACCAAAAGCUGUUUGAUGACUGCACACAGCAAUAUAAGGCAGAGAAGCAGAAAGGGCGAUUCAGAUUGAAGGAGCGAGAAGAAAUGUGGCACAAGAUUGAAGAACUAGCCCGCCAAAAUCCACAGUAUCCCAUGUAUUGCGCACCCCCACCUUUGCCUCCUGUUUAUUGCAUGGAGACGGAGACCCCCACUGCAGAGGACAUACAGCUGCUGAAGAAAACGAUGGAGACAGAGGCUGUGCAGAUGCUGAAGGACAUAAAGAAGGAGAAAGUUUUGCUGCGUCGGAAAUCUGAGCUUCCUCAGGAUGUCUACACCAUAAAGGCCCUGGAAGCACACAAGAGAGCAGAAGAAUUUCUCACCUCAAGCCAGGAAGCACUCUGACGGGCUAGGGAGCCCCUGGAGGGUACACAGAAAUGCACUUUGUUCUAAUGUAUAACUAGGGAAUGAACAUGGUGAGCUGUGCCUGUCCUCCGCUCCAUUCUCAUUCUUUCAGGUUAGAUUUGAUUUUACAUUGUACCUCAUAUCCCACCACACUGUCACUUCCUCCUGCUUUAUCCUCUUUAAAGCUGUUCUUGUGUGCACGUGUGAAGGGAGCCUAGCCAAUCCAUGAGAGUACCAUUCCUUGCAGGGAACAUUCCAUUUCCUGCUCUCUGACUCCCAGCCUCACAAGCCAAAGCAGAGAGAGUUCAGCCACUUAUUAGCCGCACACUACGGUAACUGUUCACUACAGCUUCCUGGCACCUGUUUAUGUUCCAUUUUUCAUAAAUAACCAUAAACAGAUAUUGUACAUGAAACUGACUAAGUGGAUAAAAUUCAAUCCAUUUUCUAAGGAUCAAGGCACGCUUGUUCUUUUGGGACCAGGCUACAUUUGGGACCAGUGUGUUGCUCCCCCCCCGCAAUUCAAUAAUGGGCUAAUCUGUUGGAGAACUCUACUUGUUUUGAUCCAUGUGAGCAAGGGUGACGGUGUCAUGCAGGAGACUUUUUGUUUUUAGUUGUGUCUGCCACAGGGAUGUAAUCAUUCUGUGUAAGAAAAGUCCUAAAUUUUUGUGAAUGCAAAUGGAAUAAGUCAAGCAAAAAAUUGCAUACGCUGUUCUGUUUGCAUAUUCCCUUCCGCCUCCAAACUUGUGGUGCAAUGGCAGCUACACAUAAUUCUAAAUCCAUUGCUUUGGACUUCGUGGUAGUUUUUCAUCUUCUCAGAGAGAGACUAGCUGUACUAGUUGAUCUGUGUGCCUGGUAGCUAGACUGCAGCUGCUGUGUAGGAGCCUCACUUAGGGUCUGGUUG